CCUAACCCUCACCCAGGAAGAAAGUAGAGAGGACUUUGGAUUCUUCUAAAUGAAUCGCCCAACUACACAGAGCACAGCCAUUCUCUCGGGUGGUGAGUCUUCUAUAGCUGGGAGUUGGGAACAGGAGCAAGAGAGACUUACUUGGCCAGGCACAAUAAGCAUGAAUUCAAUUACUUCACCGGGCCCUACAGCCAAUUCUGUAUAUGUGAUGGCACCCCCCAACAGUUAUUCUGUCGCCCCGGGAACUGUGCCUCAGGUGCCUCUGUAUACAAACAACCAGCCUCAAAUCCACGGAAUUUCUGGUAAUCUACCUGGUUUUGUGCCAGCUGUGACUGAGCUGCCUGCCCAGAAAGUCUUGAAAAAAGGCCAAGUCCUAGGGGCUAUCCAGAUCCUGAUUGGCCUGGUGCACAUCGGCCUGGGCUCCAUCAUGCCCACCAUCCUCUACAGCUGCUAUAUACCUGUCUCCCUCUAUGGAGGCUUCCCCUUCUGGGGAGGCAUCUGGUUUAUCAUUUCAGGAUCUCUCUCAGUGGCGGCAGAAACUCAACCCAAUUCAUCUUGCCUGCUGAAUGGCAGUGUGGCCUUGAACAUCAUCAGUGCCGUCUGUUCUGCAGUGGGCGCCCUGCUCUUCAUCUCAGACCUCGGUCUCUCCCGAGGAUGCAUGGACCCCAGCGAUUACCCCCACAACUGGGGACUGAGUCCAGGAAUGGGUAUUUCUAGUCUGCUGCUCAUCUUCUGCCUCCUGGAGCUCGGCAUUGCAAGUGUGUCUUCCCACUUUGGCUGCCAAGUGACCUGCUGCAACUACAACAAUGCAGCUGUGGUCAUUCCAAAUGUCUACGCAACAAACCCAGUGGUCUUCCCAAAACCAUCAAAUCCAAUACCAAGUUAUCCCAAUGGAGUUCAAAAUCCCAGAUAAGUGAACCUGAAGAUUCUAGAAGCAUCUCACUGAGACCAAGUGACAUU